CGGUAUCGCUGAUCUCGCCGCUCGUCGAUGAUGCCGCGGCCCUCGCGCGAUACCUACGGUGAUCAGAAACCGCCCUAUUCCUACAUAUCGCUUACGGCGAUGGCGAUAUGGUCGUCGAGGGACAAGAUGCUACCGCUCGCCGAGAUUUACAAAUUCAUCGCCGACCGUUUCCCCUACUAUAGGAAGGACACGCGACGAUGGCAAAACUCCUUGAGGCACAAUUUGUCCUUCAACGAUUGCUUCAUCAAGGUACCGCGGGGUCCGCAUCGUCCAGGAAAAGGAGCUUACUGGGCAUUGCAUCCCGCCGCAUUGUCCAUGUUCGAGAACGGUUCGCUCCUUCGGCGACGGAAGCGCUUCAAGCUGCACAAACCGGACAAGGAGCUGCUCAAGUCCGAGCUGCAGGCGCUCGCCUCGGCGAUGCCGCCGCCGUUGCCACCGCCACCGCCGCCCCCGCCGCAGCCGCCACCGCCGCAGCCGCCGCCACCGCCGCCACAGCCGCAGCCGCAGCCAGAAUCGACCGGCGGGAUCGUCGACGCGAGCGCGACGUGUCCCGGCAACGGUCUCAGCCUGGCGAAUCUCCACCGUUUACGAGACGACCUGCUCCGAUGGGAGAUACAGGAGAGGCGAAUGAUGGUCGCGAACCACGGCGGAGAUUUCGCCAGCUUCGGCCGAUUUGACGCCGCCGCCGCCGCCGCUGCUGCCGCUGCCGCUGCCGGGCUACCGGCUGGACCGACAGCGCCCGAAGCCGCCACCGCUGGUUACUAUCUACUGUCACCCGAAGUCAGGCAGAGACUGGUCGCGGGCGGUGCUACCGAUGGCAGUAACGAGAUUCUCAGAACUUACGAGGCCGCGGCGUUGCUGCACUCUGCCACUUCCUGGAACUUUCCCGGUUUCCCGCCGGUCUCGCCGUCGUACGCGGUAUCGCAACUGCCGUAUAUUCAGCAGCAGACUACCGCUAGCAGCAGACAGGCCGUCAUCCAUCCGACGCGGGACGAGCGCCGUCUGUCGAGCGACCGCGCCCUGGAGAACGGACCUAUGAUCACCGCUACGGAAAGAGAUACGGUCUUCACGGGUGAGAAUACUUACGAGAUCACGGCUUACAAUCGCGGCGAGAAACUCGCCGCAGAGGAGGAACCGCUCUCGUCAUCCUCGUCCUCGUCCUCGUCCUCCAGAAUUAACCUCUAUCGAAGCACCGCUCUGACCACCGUCGCCUCGUCACCACCGACGUCGCCUACCUCCAGGUCGUCCUAUCGCCACCUCUCGCCGAUCUCGAGUCUGGCGGUGGAGGUCGAACGUACUCAGCUGCCCUCCAAUCGCGAGGACCAGGUCGUUUUGACCGCAGCGAGCACAGAAAAAAGGGUUAAAAAGCCAUUCACCAUCGAGAAUAUUAUCGCGCCCGAUGACAUCAACGAGGGUAGCGGCGACGGCGGUGGUGGCAGUGGCGGUGGCGGGGUUGGGACUGGUGGUACUGGCGACGAGGAAGCCUCGAGGUUGACCGACGAGCCGAUCGCGAAAAAGUCUUCGCUUCUCGUGCCGAGACCUCUUUACGCCGGGUACUCGAUGUCGAUCGCAACCACGGGUGUUCAGAGGCCGUCCUACGGCACCGCCACUUGAACUUUGUUCUUCGUCUCGUUAUCGAUGGGAUUAGUUGAAUGACGCGUCAGUCCAGUACGCGUUUAAACGUCUCGAAGGAUGUUUCCUCAAAGGUUCCGAGCGUACUUUCGACAGUUCCGAGGAUGCGACCGCGAUGUGUUUCUUAUAGUGCCGUCUGCGUACGUACACUCCACCUUCUUUUAUCUAACAUGGUUCGCGCGGGGAAAUGAGAAAGAGUGAUUAGCCCCCGUCAUCCCGUUGCAGGUGUGAGCCCAAAUCGGAGCGAAAGAAAAAAUCCCAAUUGGAAUCGUAUGAAGAACCUUCGUCAGAUUCAAUUAGAUAAGCGAAGGUGUAAUGUAUUUAAAGAGACAGCAUCCGGAGGUGAGAAGAGAUCCGUAAAAUUUCUAUUUACUACUGACAUCUCGAAAUCGACACUUUGUUUUAUUCGAACGCGACGUGAAAUUCGAACGAGAUGAUCGCAGGUACUUUUCGAUUUGAUCGCGACGCGAUCGACCACUGAAGAAGAGUCUUGUUGAAUUGGCCGAAUCUACCAGGUUUCCAAUUAAUUAAACAAGACUCUUUUUUCAGUGAUUGGACGUAAUUUUGUGAUCUUUUAUCUAAUUCGUCAUGAAUCGACGCGAAUCGAUGCGAUGCAGAUAUAGGGAGACAUCGUAGACAAAACGUUAGUUCCUCUAAAGGCCGUUCUCUCUUAUCGGGAGGUCUUUGCUUGCUGAUAUUGGUUUUUUGUUGCGCGUGCCGUAAAAGUCGUUCUUGGUCUCUCUAAAUUUAUAAACUGUCCGUGAGCAGUUAAUUAGAGUUUUUCAUAAUUUACGGCUAUCUCGUAUGAGAUCUCAAAGACGAUUGGUUAUUGUACCGUAUUGUACCGUAUUGUACCCAAAUCGGCGGCAGCGUGCGAUGUUGUGCACAAAGAUAAUUAAUAAUUAUCGAAAUCGCGUUGCGGCUUUUGCCUAUGUAAUUAACCAAUUAGAUUUCUAAACGAUUAGGCGCAAGCGUGGACGCGAACACAGCUAUACCGAUGUUACGUUUAGCGCAAAAAUAAAAGUAACGAUGUAGUUCACUUUGAGAUUCAUAUAUAAAUAUGUAUUUCAAGGGAUUGGCUUCGUGCUAUGUAUAACUAUUUUAAUUGGAAUAUUUUAUAUAAAAGGAACGAAAAGUACCAGUUUUAAUUAUCAUCGUUUUAAAGAGUCUACAGAAUUCUUAUGUGCGUGAGUUAUGGGAAUAUCUAUAUAGAAAAAACUACGUGUUAUUCAUUUUUUUUUUGUAAUAUCCCUGAAGCAUGAGCGAACAACGAGACAUACACGUUGCUCACAUAUUUAUUCAUCUAUCUUUUUUUUGUAAAAAUGUAAAUAUAUGUCUGUAGAUUAAUACAACUAAUUUAUUAAUAAUUAAAUUGUAAGCAAACCAAUCGUGGUUUGAAAAGUAGAUUAACAUUUAAACUGUAAAUUAUUUUUGUAACAUGAAAUUCUAUCGGAUAUUACAUUCUUUUUCUUAAACAAAAUUCUUAUAUAGAUAAAAACAUUCGCACGUUUUAAUUUCACGGAAUAGAUACGAAGGUACUCGAUUCCUUUUCUAUAGAAAAUGUCCAAUUAAUCUCAGUAUUAAAUCUGUAAAAACUGAUUGAAACUGCAUUGUUAUCCAGAUUUUCGUGGAACGCCAGCCCGUUUUUUUGCGUAACGUGCCGUCGAUUAAAUUAUAAGCAUUUCUUGCGUUUCUUGAAACAAAAAGGCUGCUCGUUACAUUCGUGCAUUGUCGCAUUCAUCUAUACUCUGUACUCGUACUCGCUCGAGCAAAAACGAUUUGUAAAUGUAGAAACGAUUCGUAGCGAAAUAAAUUAUUGUAUAUACGUAGAAUAACGAUAUA